GCCAGUCAUUCAUAACCUGCAGUGAUAAGUUCAUUGCACUUUUUUGACCACUUCAAAGCGAAUUUCUCAAAGAAGAUGUGUAGAAAUCUAAGUUAAAUGAAUGAAAACAAAUUUACAAUGCAUGAUAUGUAUAUGUUAUUGUAUGAUGUGGUUUCAUGCUAAAUAUUGCAUUUGUUAAUUGAGUGGUUUUAUUGCUAACAUGGCUGUUUAAAAUAGCAACAAAUCUAAAAAAGCAUCCCAGAAAGGAGCAGCUUCACAAUUGAGGUUCUACAGUUAGAUUGUGUUGUUUAUUGUUAAUUAAAAGCGAAACCGCAAUGUUAAAAAGUUAGAUUGGUCAUUUGAGUGAAAGCUUUAAAUCCAGAGGAUGAUCCUGUCUGGAGUGGCUGGACUGCUGUCAGAGCGGCUUUCACAAGAUUAACAGCCCGCUGCUCUUUUCUUUGCCUGCAAUCAAACCGUUUACGGGACUAUUCUCCAUCUCUACCUGUUUUUAAAACUUGUUUGUGCUAAAUGUGACUUAAAUGAAGUCCAUUUGAAGUCACAAACAGUGACAUGGCUUGUAAAUCAUGCAUGCUCCUUCUAUAGAGUUAGAACAGUAAGAAACCCAUUGAGGAAAUGGCAUUGUCUUUAAAGCGAGAAGCAGCUGACUUUUUUCUGCUGCUGUAAUGUGACAUUGCGACAUCGUUUUGUGAAACGUGCCAAACCGAGAAGCAGCUGACAAAUUGUAAAUAUGACUUUGUGACAUAAGGAGUCUUAACUUUUAGCAAAACAAGACAGAUUCUGCUGCUGCCUGGAGAAAUAUGAUAUUGUGAAGGUACAAAUUUAAGCGCGGCGAACUGAGAAGCAGCUGACACUUUCAUUCUGCUGCUGUUGCGAAGAUGAGAUUGUGAUACCGGGAGUUUAGUUGCGGCAAACCGAACCUGGUGCUUGCUGCAAAUAUGCCAUUGUGACAUCAGGACUCGUUCUCUGAAGCGCCAGACUGAAGAGCGGCUGACACUCUCUUUUUUGCUGCUGCUGCUGCUGAUGAUGCUGCAGCUGCGAAAAUGCUGCGAUUCCCUGUGAAGAAAAUACGAAAGCAGUUCAAACUUCUGCUGCUGCUGGUGCUGCUCACUUUUGCCGUGUGGUUUACGUACCUGCACAUCAACCAGGGCAAAUCCAUCAAACUUCACUUCAACUAUGGAAAAAAUGGUGAGAGGCCGAUCGAGGGAACUGAUACCAGCCGGAAGAGAGACUCACGUUCAUCAGACAAGUACCGCAAAAGAGAAGACGCCAGCAACAGCCAGGAGGAGGAAAAUGCAGAAGAUGAGCCCAACGCUGGCACCCUUCAUGACAACGAUCAAGCUGAAAUCCGCAAGUUCAUCGCACAGAAGUACAAAAAGUUGCCAUGGAAACCAGAGUUUAAAGGUCAAGCAAAUCUCCACGUCUUUGAGGACUGGUGUGGCUCUUCAGUCGCUCAGCUCAGGAAGAACCUGCAUUUUCCUCUCUACCCCCAUACGAGAACUACUGUGAAGAAGUUGGCCGUGGCUCCAAAAUGGAAGAACUAUGGCCUGAGAAUAUUUGGAUACAUUCUACCUUACAAAGAUGGUGAUUUUCAGUUUGCGGUUUCUUCCGAUGAUAACUCAGAGUUCUGGUUGAGUUCAGAUGACAGUCCUCUCAACGCCCGUCUGCUGGCCUACGUGGGAAAGCUGGGAUCUGAAUGGACCGCACCAGGAGAGUUUACCAAGUUCAGGUCUCAGGUGUCCAAGUCUGUGCAGUAA